GAACACUCUGUUAGCAUCGUUAGCUUUUAGCAGCAGUCCGUGAGUCUUUGCAGUUCAACUUUCUCUAUCCCGGCUGUUGGUUUGAACAUGUCCCGGGUUCAGAAGCUCCGAGUCUUCGUCAGUCAACGGUUGAACCUGGCGGUCGAAGAGAUUUUGGCGGCUUUUGAAAAAACGAUCGUUAAAUACGAACAGGAAGCGGCCCUGUGUCAGGAGGUGAUAUCUCGCCAGCACGCGCUGCUCUGUGCGCUCCACAAACCUCUCAUGGAGGUCCCGUCGGCAGAUGCCUUCACUCAGCAGCUGAUGGGAAUUAAAGACGAGGUUCACCCUGAGCAGCAGGACCAGGACCAGGCAGACCUGUGGCCCUCACAUGUCAAAGAAGAGGAGGAAGAGCAGCUUCAAGACCUGGAUGAGGCUGAAAUCAUCGAGUUCACCUACAAUUCCAGUCGUGUAGUGAGGCCAGGUGAGGAAGUGGACCUGUCAGAUGUCGGGACUGCUCAGGUAGAACCAGGAUCAGCAGAUCCAGAUCAGAAUGUCCAGCUGGUGUUGUCUUCAGAGACUGAAGACAGUGACGACUACAGCAAUGAAUGUGCUGACCCCAGGCCUGCUUUAAACAGAUUCAAACCAAAGACGAGUCGUAGUCCAGCAGGACUCCUCAGCUGCAGGGUCUGCAGCCGGACUUUUAAAGCUCGUAGGUGUUUAUUCAGACAUGUCAAAACUCACCUGAAGGAGGCGGAGCAGGUUUGUGGUUUGUGUGGUGAACGAUUUGAGACCCCCGACAGUCUGAGGCUUCACAUCCAGACUCAUUGGAGCACCAGGAAGAGGAGGGAUCCAGAGAACCAGACCAAGACACAGGGCAGGGAGAGGCGGUCUCACCGUCGCUCAAACCACGACAGUAACACCAACGUCCACGAGGACCAGAAACCAAACAGGUGUAAUGACUGUGGGAGGAGUUUUCUUCAGGUGUUGAGGAAGAGAAAACACAGGUGCUGCCCCCGGGGAAAAAACCAGGACCCAGAGGGUCUGGAGGGAACCAAGAGGAAGAGGAAAAAGAAGACAUAAACAUUUGAUUUGUAUUUCUGACUUCACACUGUGACAUCACUGAAGGAAAGGUUGACAUGUUGAUUCUUUGCCCUGUUUUAUGUUGUUUUUUUAAUCUAUUUUAAUUUUUAUAUUUCACAAGAGAAAAGGAGAGGCAAAAAAGAAAGUAUUCUUGCAAAAAGUCAUAGUAUUUUGUUAUAAUUUAGUUUCAACAUCUCAGAUUGUCUCUCUUCUCUGCAGCAGCGUCCUGAGCCUCAUUCAUGUCUGUGUGGAAACAGUUCAGUUUGGAUGAAUGAAGAGUUCAGAUGAGACUGUUCACCUCCUGGUGCUUAGAGUAAACCUGAAGGUUCCUGUUCUGUCUUCAGCUGAUUUCUAAUUAAAAAAAAAAAAAUCUAGAUGAUUCUCUCUCUUUCACAUCCAGUGUGUCAAUGUUCAAUUUGUCCUGAAACAGAAAACAUGCAACACAGUCUGUGUCUGAUGUUAAAACCUCAUAAGAACAAACUUUAAAACAAAACCAACCAUAAAGUGUUUGAUGUGAUAGAAAGCUCCAGAACAAGCAACUAAAUGAACCUUAUGGAGGGUGAAAUCAAACGCCAGGAGACAGAUUCUGAUCCUUAGAAAAAAUCAUUUUAAUUCCAGUUGAAUGAAUUAACAUCUGAUUUGUCCAGAUUCUCAGGUGUAUUCUCAGGUGUGCUCCAGACAUUUUUCAUCAAACACAUUGAUUUAAACGAUCGUGCUUAAUUUGUCCACCAUGUGCCGGUUGUUAAGAAGCAGCAAAGACCAGGAAAAUAUGCUAAAUGACAUUCAGGUGUGACGUGAAUCAACGUGUGUGACCCUGAAUCUGUCAGUUGAUAAUCAGCUGAUCAGCAGGGGGUGGAGAUGCUGUGGUUGUUUUUACAGCUUUUAGUUUUGGCAAAGACAGAACAGAAGUGACCGGGUCCACAUGAAGCCGAUGAGCCAAUCAGCUGUAAGCAGCAGCUUUAUCAAAAUAAACAUGGACAUCUACACCCCACCCUACUUGCACCACUUUUUCAACUGUGCAGAGACUCAGUUUAAGUUUGUUUGUCUCCGUUGUCUGUUUCCUGCUGCUGACUCGAGCUGUACCGAGGGAAGGGACGGGUCUGGACGGUGAUGGGGGGGUCUCCAGACAUAGGAAAGAGGGGGGG